AUGGAGGAGUCAUUAGAUGGAGCGGGUGGUGAGGUGGGUGACCCGACGGAGCCGUGUGAUGGCCGGGACUGUACCACCUGCCAGUGUUUUCCAGCCAAAGGAGCGAGGGGUGCCCCAGGUCCUUUGGGUCCGCAGGGCUCUUGGGGGCCCCCAGGCUUCCCAGGUGCUCAGGGAGUUCCAGGACAAAAGGGUGAUAGAGGAGAUGAGGGGCCGAUAGGACCUCCUGGCGUAAAAGGAGAUAUUGUGAGGAAGCAUCGGCAUUCCUGGGUUUCCAGGUUUAGACGGAGUCCCGGUAAGAAGCCGGGCCUCUAUCAGCCUGUUGAAUCUUCUAACAGGGUCACCCAGGCCAAGCUGGAGGUCCUGGUCUUCCAGGUUUGGAUGGAUGUAACGGAACCAGAGGAAACUCCGGGAAUCCUGGGCUUCCAGGAGAACAGGGAGCUGAUGGAGAACCGGGUUUUCCAGGUCCGAAAGGAUUUCCAGGAGAUUCAUCCGUCUACUUUAUCCAGUUCCCUGGAGUUCCUGGUGAAGAGGGUCUCCCAGGACCAACUGGACCUGCAGGUCCAGCAGGAUCGGAUGGAAACAAUGGUUUACCUGGUCUACCUGGUUCAAGGGGUCCCCCUCAGUCUGAUCUCUGCUGAUGUUUGUGUGUCUCAGGGAGAAAAAGGACGAUUAGUGCCGGGACCGAAAGGAGACGAGGGAGACCAAGGCCUUCAGGGGCCUCCGGGGCCCUUUGAGUAUAUUGAGUCUCCAGAUGACUACUACCUCAAAGGGGAAAAGGGUUUGGACGGACCCCCUGGCAUUAAAGGAGAGAAGGGGAUUGUUGGAUUUCCAGGACUGAGAGGGGAUUCUGGUCGACCCGGCCCUCCUGGAGAGAAAGGUGUUCAGGGGAUGAAGGGAACCCAGGGUCUCCCCGGACUGAUAGGUCAAGAAGGUCUUAAGGGCAUUGUUGGCGAUCCGGGCCCUAAAGGUCUCCCUCAGAUAAAUGACAUUAUUCUCACAGGUGAUGUCGGGGACCCUGGGAACGCUGGACAGAGGGGUCCUCCUGGUGAAAUAGGGCCCAGGGGGAUGCCUGGCCCUCCAGGAUUCCCAGGAAGAUCAACAUCAGGACUAGUAGGUAUUGAUGGUCAGAAGGGAGAACCUGGGUCCAAAGGUGACAGAGGAGACCCUGGUCAGAUUUUACAAGAAGUGAAUCCUGGAAAACCUGGAAAACCAGGACAGCCGGGACAGCGAGGGCCUAAGGGACAGCCGGGUAUUCCAGGAACAUAUUGUGCUUCCGGGAUCCCAGGAAUGUUUGGAGAUCCGGGUGAACGAGGGUUUCCAGGAGCAUCAGGUUUUCUGGGGAUUAAAGGUGAUCUUGGCACAUGUUCAUGCGGCCCUCCACUUGAACUGAGGGGCCCUCCUGGUCCUGUAGGGGAAGCAGGGAAUGCAGGGUUACCAGGAACCUCAGGAGCCAAAGGCCCAAGAGGAGAGAGAGGUUCACCUGGAGACAGAGGAGUGGAGGGUGCUGAGGGCUUGGUUGGAUUUUCGGGUGUCAAAGGCUUUAAAGGACAGAAAGGAGAUUUCAUAGUGGUAGACAUUAAAGGUGAAAAGGGAAAAAAGGGCAACUUGGGCCCUGUAGGUGGACCAGGAUUCUCAGGGAGAAAUGGACUCUGUGGGGCCCCAGGAGCCCCUGGAAACCCUGGACCUGAGGGGGAAAAUUUCAGUGGUUUUUCUGGAGACAGAGGCUUCCAAGGAUUUCCAGGACCAAAAGGAUUUUUAGGACCACCGGGUCCCAGAGGAGACGGUGUGGACGGGGUUGUUGGAGAGCGUGGGCUUCCUGGAGACCUGGGAUUUACAGGGUUUCCUGGGCCAAAAGGGCAAAAGGGAGUUCAAGGUGACACUCCUCGCUGUUUGCCUCAAAACCCUGGUUCCCUUGGUGAGAAGGGAGACCCUGGAAUACCAGGUUUCCCAGGUCCUCCAGGUCCCAGCGGUUAUCAAGGCAUCCGAGGGUCGGAUGGGCCUAAAGGAGACAUGGGACUGAGAGCACUUCCAGGACCACCCGGGGACCGAGGGCCUCCAGGUUCUGUUGGAGAUACUGGAGAAGAGGGAAUCCAGGGUUUUAGCCGUGAUGGAAGUCCAGGCUCUCGAGGACCCCCGGGCCCACCUGGUAUCCCCGGACCGAGGGGUGAUGAUCACUACGGCUCCCCAGGAUCCACGGGCUUGCCUGGACAACUGGGCUUUCCAGGACCUAAAGGAGCCCUUGGCCCCCCAGGCAAUCAGGGUGCACCAGGCGUCCUGGGUCUUCCUGGGGACCCUGGAGCGAAGGGACAGAAAGGAGAUGAUGGGGCCCAAGGUCAAACAGGCCCCCCAGGGCUCACACCGGACCAAUGUGUUGCAGGAAAGUCUGGUGAAAUGGGCUUCCAGGGACCUCAGGGACCUCCUGGCCAUCCAGGUUGCUCAGGCCCAAAAGGUGACACCGGGGACAGAGGUCUUCCAGCUACUAGUCUUAAAGGCAAGGCUGGAGAAAUUGGAGUUCUAGGUUUUCCUGGGAAACGGGGGCCUCAGGGGCCCCAAGGUGCUUUUGGAGACCUUGGUCUGCCAGGGCUCUUUGGUCAAAGAGGUCUGAUUGGGCCCCAGGGCCUUGAAGGAGGACCAGGUGUUCCAGGAAAAAAAGGCCUCCCUGGAGACCAAGGCAGGACCGGAGAGCGGGGCCCCAGGGGACAAGAUGGAGCUCAGGGUUGUGUUGGCCCGAAGGGACAAAAAGGUCAUAAAGGCUACCCAGGUACUCCAGGGGACGUCAACAUCAUUACCACAAAGGGCCCACCUGGACUACAGGGCCCUGCUGGCAUCACCGGAUUCUCGGCACCACGAGGAAGUAAAGGUGUGCGUGGUGCUACAGGUAACCCUGGAGAUCCGGGCUUCAGUGGACCUCCAGGUCUUAGGGGACCCCAGGGACCCCAAGGGCCUCUGGGCAAAGAAGGGCCACCUGGACUUCCUGGAUAUAAGGGACAUAAAGGAUACAUUGGCUUUCCUGGGCAGCCUGGAGAACCGGGAGACCCAGGAUAUCCUGGAAUACCUGGAAAUCCUGGUAAUUCAGGAUGUCGUGGACCUAAAGGUGAUAGAGGAGAGUCUCUCUGUAGUCCUGGUCCACCUGGAGAUAAGGGACAUUCUGGAUACUGGGGUCUUGAUGGGCUUGCUGGCCCUCAGGGAGAUCCUGGACCACCAGGCUAUAUUGGGCCACCGGGGCAGAAAGGAUGUAAAGGACACAGAGGCCUUCCUGGAUGCCCUGGGGAAUCAGGUGUGGUUGGUCCACCAGGGCUCAGCGGUCGGCAGGGGGCUCCAGGUCCUUCUGGUGGAUCAGGAGCUGAUGGUGAACCUGGACCAGUGGGUUACCCAGGUUGCAAAGGAGUUCCUGGGCCACCAGGACUUCAUGGACUGGAUGGACUAAAUGGACGAAAAGGUGCCAUGGGGAUCAAAGGUUUUUGUGAGGAUGGUUAUAAAGGCGAUAGAGGUCCUCAGGGAAAUAAAGGUCCUCAAGGUCCACAAGGUCCCUGUGGUACGUCCCAGAAAGGACCACCAGGACCCAAAGGCCCCCAGGGACCCAUAGGGCUUCCAGGUGUUUCAGGACCACCAGGUCCACCUGGAGAUGACUGUAAAGACCCAACUCCAGGACCAAGUGGGGAUCCUGGUUAUGUAGGCCCAGAUGGAGAUCCAGGUUGUCAUGGUGAAAUUGGAGAUCCAGGUCCAAACCCUUCUAUCUGUGGGGAUAUUGGAGACAAUGGUGAUCCAGGAUGCCAAGGGCCAAAAGGACCUUCGGGAUGUCAGGGGCCAACAGGACCAAAAGGCUUCCCUGGAAACCAAGGGCCAAAAGGUUUGAAAGGAGAGCAGGGUCUGCUGGGAGUACCUGGACAAUGGGGUCUGAGGGGUCCACCUGGAUACCGAGGGCCUAAAGGACAGAAAGGGCCAACAGGAUCAGUGGGUCUGAAGGGGCAGAAAGGACAAAUCUUGUCGUUGGACCCACCCCUGCCAGCGAUGGGUCCUGAAGGACCACCUGGUCCCCCUGGUCCUAAAGGACAAGAGGGCCUGAUGGGAGAAACUGGUCCCAGAGGGCUAGAGGGGGUAAAGGGGAAUCGUGGGGAAGAUGGACUAACAGGACCUGUGGGGCAAAAAGGUGACCCAGGAGCCAGGGGAGAGCCAGGUCUGCCUGGAGAGGACGGAGUGGUGGGAGAAAAAGGAGAUCCGGGUCCCGUGGGUAACGAAGGUCCUCCUGGACCGACCCUAAACUUGAAACUUGGUUUCCUGCUGGUGAAGCACAGCCAAACAGAGGAGGUUCCAAGUUGCCCCUCAACCAUGCAGAAGCUUUGGACCGGAUACAGUCUGCUGUACCUGGAGGGCCAGGAGAGAGCGUACUCCCAGGAUCUGGGUCAGGCUGGAUCCUGUGUUCCUGUGUUCUCCACCAUGCCAUUCUCCGUCUGCGGCACCAGAAACUGUCAGUACGCUCGUCGAAACGAUAAAGCCUAUUGGUUGGCAACGAUAGCGAAGCCUCCAAAAAAACCCUUUUCUGGGAUCGCCAUCAAGAACCACAUCAGCCGCUGUGUGGUGUGUGAAGCUCCAUCUGCUGCUGUGGCGAUGCAUGACCCGAGCUCCAAAGAACUACCAGGGUGUCCUCCCAAUUGGACAUCUCUGUGGACCGGGUACUCCUUCAUUAUGUUCUCAGGUGGAGGUGAUGAGGGUGGCGGCCUCUCUCUAAUGUCACCGGGCAGCUGUUUGUCACGGUUCAAAGCUCAGCCCUUCCUGGAGUGUCAGGGUGCUCGAGGAACCUGCCACUUUUUCGCCAACUUCUACAGCUUCUGGCUGACCACCUUCAACAGCACAGAGAGCACGCUGACCGACUCCGAGCAGCAGAGGGAGCACGUGGCCAGGUGUCGGGUCUGCAUCAGGAUGUGAGAGGGAGCGGGCAGGUGGUGAUCCUUCUUCGUUAGGAGAGACCUGAGAGACACGCCGCCUGUCCUCUAAUAAGACAGCUGGGGGACACGUCACCUCAGGGAGGGGUGGUGGUGUUGGGAUGUUCAUACAGGACAAUUAGUUUGAUGAGGACAAACUGUGAUGGUAGAGAUCACAGCUGCCAAUCAGAUGACCAGGAGAGACAGGGAGCAGCAUCACAGCUGACGUUUGCAACGGGUUUGUAUGACAUCUCUGUUUCAGUAACGGGUCAACAGGCCUCAGCACCACAGAAGAAGAAUGGCAACAAAACAAGAAAAACGGCACCUCUGUAAAAAUCUGGUCUCUGGGUUGAUUCAGGAAACCAUAAGCAUGUGUGAAAUGUAAUUUACAAAGUAUAUAUACAGGGGUUGGACAAUGAAACUGAAACACCUGUCAUUUUAGUGUGGGAGGUUUCAUGGCUAAAUUGGACCAGCCUGGUAGCCAGUCUUCAUUGAUUGCACAUUG